AUGAAGCUUUCCAUGACUGCUAUGGCCAUUCUUUGGUCUUGGGCUUUCGGUCUGGGCCCGAUGAACUUCAUUCAAUCCUCAAGCCCUGUAGCUGGUCCUGUCUACCCCGACUGCCUCCGGUUUUAUCAAGCGAAACCGGGCGAUAGUUGCCAAAGCAUCGCUGAUGCGCAUUCCAUCACCCUUCUGGAUUUCAUUUGGAUGAACGCAGGCCAUGACACUCAACACACGUGCGCCAAUGUUAACGUCAGUGCUGGCGAGUGGUACUGCGUCAAGGGCGGAGAGCUCAGCUCCACGGCAUCGCUGCCUUCCGCAUCUCAGUACGCCAACAACGUUGUCGAUAAGAGAAGGAUGAUUCCCCUGCUAUCCUACCAAACGGUCGCGGCGGUUUGUCUCUAG